GGGUCUGAAGCGGAGAGCAAGGGUGUUUUUUUGACAGCUGUAUUACUGCUGAUAAGCAAGACUCUGCGAGAUGAUCAAGUACUGAGACACGCAUCCAGAACAGCAGCACAGCAGCACUAUUCACUACGAGCAGUGGCAGUCAGUAGCAGCAGCAGGAGCAGUAGCAGCACUAACAGCAGCAGCAGCAACAGCAACUCUCUCGUGCCUUUUUCUUCUUCUUUGUGGAGUUGUAAUCUGUUCUGAGGACAACAGCCGGAGAAGACGGGACAAGUGGAUCAGGGCUGACAGCUGUCAUCAAAACAACCCCAAACGCAGAGCUGGCUGCCCACAUGCCGAUCGAAUUUGUUUGCAAAAUCAAAUUUGCAGAGGAGGAUGAGAAGCAGAAAGGCAAGCAGGAUGGGGACAAGGAGAGCCUGAUUGAGGAGAGCUGCUCACCUCCAGCUAAGGACCUGGUCAGCUUCGCCAACUCCAGCUCUCUCCACGGGAUUAACCACAUCUUUGUCUCGGGGCGCCUGGGCAUUCGGCAGACCCUCUGGGCACUUGCCUUUUUGGCUUCUCUGGCACUCUUUCUGUACCAGGCGGCAAAGUGUGCCAUCUCUUACCUGGAGCACCCUCACGUCACCGCUCUGAAUGAGGAAGCGAGCCCUGAGAUGGUCUUUCCCGCUGUGACCAUCUGCAACAUCAACCGCUUCCGCUUCUCCGCUCUCACCGACGCCGACAUCUACCACCUGGCUAACCUCACAGGUCUACCACCAAAAAACCGGGAUGGCCACAAGCCCACUGAUUUGGACUAUCCUGCGCCGGACAUGCAGGACAUCUUCAACCGGACAGGACAUCAGCUGGACGAGAUGCUGAAGAGCUGCAACUUCAGUGGACAGAACUGCUCUGCUGAGGACUUCUCUGUGGUCUACACCAGAUACGGAAAAUGUUACACUUUCAAUGGGAACAAGUCGACGUCCAGGAAGACCAAGCAAGGUGGAAUGGGAAAUGGCCUGGAGAUUAUGUUGGAUAUUCAACAGGACGAGUAUCUCCCCAUCUGGAAAGAGACAAAUGAGACGUCGUUAGAGGCAGGGAUCCGCGUGCAGAUCCACAGCCAGGAUGAGCCUCCCUACAUCCACCAGCUGGGCUUCGGAGUCUCCCCGGGAUUCCAGACCUUUGUUUCAUGUCAGGAACAAAGGCUGACCUACCUGCCCCAGCCCUGGGGGAACUGCCGCUCCACCAGCGACCAGAUGAUCCCGGGAUACGACACCUACAGCAUCAGUGCCUGCCGCCUGCGCUGCGAGACCAGGGAGGUGCUCCGGGAGUGCAACUGCAGGAUGGUGCACAUGCCCGGAACUGCCGAUAUCUGCACUCCCAGUAACAUCAAGUGUGUUGACAAGGCGCUUGCCCUUCUCCAGAAGAGCACUGGGGACACCUGUCCCUGUGAGACACCAUGUAACCUGACCCGCUACGGCAAGGAGCUCUCCAUGGUCAAGAUCCCCAGCAAGGGCUCCGCUCGCUACCUGUCCAGGAAGUACGACAAGUCUGAGGAGUAUAUCAGAGACAACUUUCUGGUGCUGGACAUCUUCUUCGAGGCUCUUAACUACGAAACAAUUGAACAAAAAAAAGCGUACGAUGUUGCAGGUUUACUAGGUGACAUUGGAGGCCAGAUGGGCUUGUUCAUUGGAGCCAGUAUUUUGACAAUCUUAGAAAUUUUGGAUUAUGUUUACGAGGUGAUCAAGCACAGGCUGCAGCGUCUGCUGAGGCCACAGAAGGAUGAGAAGAAACAACAGACGACCACGGUUGCAACUGUGGAUCUGCAAGAUAUGAAAGCCAGUAAGGAGUCCAGUGAUAUGACCAUGACCAGAAGUCAUCCUGAAGGAGCUUACGCCAAUACGAUUCUACCGAACCACCAUCUCCCCCACCACCAAGGACAGCCACAUGGAGUGUUUGAGGACUUUGCCUGCUAGAGCCGGCGGCCAUCUUUCCAUCCUGAUGACAACAAAAGUUGUGUCCUCUCUGGGCUGGAUCGGGCAUCAAAACAGACCCUGGGACCUCAGUUCUAUACCUUUCUUGCUGUCACCAGUGAAAAAGCUACAGCCAAAGUUGAACACCAAACCUGUGCUGCAAACAGACCACUUGUAUGUAAGCACAGAUUGGACCCCACAUUACUGUCCAGCUGGAGACGCCCACCUUCAAUCUUCCUACAAUUGACAGCUGGCCACUCUGCGAUUUCUAUACUGGUUAUUUUGGUACAUGGUCACCACAUGGGAACAAGACAAGGACUGCAUGUCAUUUUUGAGCCAUCUUGAUUCAUUUCUACUCAACUCCAGUAUCUUGAUUUGUGUACCUUUCUUAAUUUGUUAUUAUUAUUCUCAAUAAGUUCUCACUCAGCUCACUGUUUUUGAAUCAUUGUAAAAUAUGUCAUUAUUUGAUGAGAUAUCAUUUCCCCUUUAUAUUGUAUACAAGAUGAGUAUAAGACAGGUGGUCAUAUUCAAUCGAACCAUUAUACAGAGAUAUCAAACAAAAUCAGAGGAAUUACAUUGAUCUUUUGGCGUGUUAAAACCAUUCUAUCCUCGCUUUGAUGAUAGGGCCCAUACUGCGUACCAGCUAUACACUAUUUAGUAUUUAUUAGGAUCCCCAUUAGCUGCUGCCAAGGUAGCAGCUACUCUUCCUGUGGUCCAAGCAGGGUUAAAACAAUUACAUCACAACCAAACACAACAGCCGAAAUCAUAAAUAAAACAACGCAUCAUACAAUAUAUUAUAUUACUGCUCUUUUAUUACAAAUGUACAAUAUAAAAUCCACAAUACCACAUUACAAAUAUGUGUGUGUGUGUGUGUGUGUGUGUGUGUGUGUGUGUGUGUGUGUGUGUGUG